CUCUGGAACGUGCGAACCCUUUCCAAACAAACCCACGUGUGUUGGUUGUCCUUUGAGCACAGACACACUCCAAUCCACAGACAGACGCAGAGAUUCACAUACAGCCACUCACUGGCACACGAACAUACACCCACGCUCACAGACUUGUAGAACGACAGGAUGAGCGAUGAUGAGAUGUGGUGGGAGCCAUCCAAGAACUUGGUGGCCGAGAGUUCGGAGAAUGAGGAUGAGGGAUCGCCUGUGACAGAUCACGAUGUCAGUGAACAGCCGGCGAAGAAAGCAAAGCGACAACAGAAGAAGGAGAAAAAGCAGAAGAAGGGGAACAAGGCCAAAACAGAUAGUGACACACUGGGCACAGCUGAAGGUGAUGGUGACAAGAAAUCGGCUCAGGCAAAGCGCCGUGCGAAGAAGGCGGACAAGUUUGCACAAAAGCAGCGCGAGCUGCGAGAGCUGUACACCAGCGGCGCGGAGGGUGCACGGGAAGUGCUGUGGAAUGUCAUCACCAAAGACAUGAGCAAAACCAUGACAGAUCUUGAGCUGGAACAGGUUCAACUGAAAGCGGAACAUAUCGUACAUGCAGAUGUGAAAUCACGGAGCAAAGGCCGGCAGCUGACUGCGUUCUGCAAAGCUGUGACGGGCACAAAGAAGCGUCUGCCGCACCCGAAGAAGAAAGGCGACCCGCCAACGCUCAUUGUCAUAUCCGUCAGUGCAAAGCGCUGUGUUGAGGUCAAGCCCAAGAUUGCUGCCAUCGCCCCAUCCAGCGUGCUCAAGCUGUUUGCGAAACACAUGAAGCAGAGCGAGCAAGAAAAGCGGCUACAGCGAAGUUGGCAGCAGCGUGGGAAACCUGGCGCGUGA